AUUCAAAUUUGAGGGAACGAAUCGAAACAAAAAGUCAAAAAGCGCAAACAAUUGAAUUAAUUACAAAAAUGUGGGAUGGACCCCACUUGUAGGUGUCCGUUGGCAACAGUAAACUCAAAAUCCGAAACCUUUUUUCUCCCUUCCAACUAACACCAAUCUCUGGCCUUACCAGACCGAGAAAUCAAGAACACUUCACCGCAAAAUCAGAUCCAUUCAAGAAAACUCUCCAAAUCUCUGAAUUCCCAAACUUCUUCCCAAAAGAUGCUGCAACCCUUCAGACCAGAACCAGAACCGGAGAUCUAAACGAUGUCGUGUUUGGCUGAAGACCCAAAGGCUGUUUCUUCUCCGGCCCGGAGAUGGUCUGGGCUAUGGAUGAAGAACAAGAAAGCUAUAAACAAUGUCCUCUUCGCUAUGCACCUUCAAUCUUUACCCAAACCCCCUAAAAAUUCCCACCCCGUUUCCUCUUCUCCGCAGUCGAUUAAGGCCCAAGACUUCGCCGUUCCGGUGCCGGUCUCCGAUCGGACCUCACUCCUCGCCGACGAAACCCUUCUCUAUAUUCUCUCUAAGCUCCCGGAUUCUCAAAGGAACUCCAAUUCUCUCGUGUCCAAGCGGUGGCUCAAUCUCCAGGGCCGCCUUGUUAGGUCCCUCAAGCUCCUUCAAUGGGACUUCCUCGUCUCCGGCAGGUUAUUUCACCGGUUCCCCAACCUCAUCCACGUCGAUUUGGUCAACGGCUCCGUGGUUUCGCCGCGAAACUCCGGUAUUUUCUGUUCCAACAACGCUGUUUCCUUCCAUGUCGAUUCUAUCCUUAAUCCCAACGACAAUGGCUCAAAAAUCCUGUUGGGGUCCCAGGAAAUCGACGCGGGGCUGGAGGUUUUAGCCAAUGGGUACCCCAAUUUACGAAGACUCUCGGCGAUGAACGCUAGCGAGAUGGGCGUUUUGAGCGUGGCGGAGGACUGCCCAACUCUGCAAGAACUGGAAUUGCACAAUUGCAACGACCAGGUCCUGCGGGGGAUCGCCGCGUGCCACAAUUUGCAGAUAUUAAGGUUGGUCGGAAACCUCGACGGGUUUUACAAAUCCUCGGUGUCGGAUGUCGGGUUGACGAUAUUAGCGCAGGGGUGUAAGAGGCUUGUGAAGCUGGAGUUGAGUGGGUGCGAGGGGAGCUAUGAAGGGAUCAAAGCCAUUGGGCAGUGUUGCCAGAUGCUGGAGGAGUUGACGAUCUGUGAUCAUAGGAUGGAGGAUGGGUGGUUAUAUGCUCUUUGUUAUUGUUGGAGUUUGAGGACUUUGAGGUUUGUGUCGUGUGGGAGGAUUGAUAGGAGAAGUUCGGAGUUUUCUGAGGAAAUUGGGUUUUGUCCCACUCUUGAAAGAUUGCAUUUGGAGAAAUGUCAAUUGCGAGAUGGGAGUAGUUUGGGGGUAUUGUUUUCUGUUUGUCAAGAAGUUAGGGAAGUUAUGUUCCACAACUGCUGGGGAUUGGACAAUGAUAUGUUCAGAACUGCUCUUAUUUUCAGGAGAGUGAAGUUCCUAUCCAUAGAGGGCUGCUCUCGACUCACAAUCGAGGGUCUGGAGCAUGUUCUCCUGUCGUCGAAGGAGCUUCGGAGCCUGAGAGUGGUGUCCUGUAAGAGCAUAAAGGACAGCGAAACCAGCCAGGCGCUUUCUGCGCUGUUCUCCUCGCUCAAGGAUCUGAAAUGGAGACCGGAUACAAAGUCGCUCGUUUCUGCCACCAUUGCUGGAUCUGGCAUGGGGAAAAGAGGCAGUAGGUUCUUCAGAAAGGGCUGUGACUGGAAGUCUCUGCCUGGUGCAUAAACCCUUUCCUAGCUUCCUUCAUGCAAUUCUGCAAGCUUUGAAUGAAUGUGGCCUUCCUCACUGCCAUUUUCAAUGUACCAAUUCUAAGUAAUCCUGCCUAGCUUGUGUUGUUUCAGUGUACCAAUACUAAGUAAUCUGGCCCUGUACUAUAUCAAUGUUAUGUAGUGUAAGGUACCCAUGGAGUGUUGGAUGCGAUGACAGAAAUCUCUUCGUCUAAAGACUCUUAAGAUUCUAUUGCAGGGCGUCUAUUAUUAUAAUUUAUUGUACCAAUAUUAUAUUUAUUUGAGUAGGUUAAUGUUGUAAACUUAUAAUUCACUAUGACUUUGGUGAAUCCUUAAAGAGGUUAGGGGACAUUUGGUUUAUACCUCAA